UGAUUUUGUUGGAGGACUCCACUGUAAACCAGCCAAACCCCUGCCUAAGGAAAUGGAAGAGUUUGUACAGAGCUCUGGAGAAAAUGGUGUUGUGGUGUUUUCUCUGGGGACGAUGGUCAGUAACAUGACAGAAGAAAGGACAAAUGUGAUUGCAUCAGCCCUUGCCCAGAUCCCACAAAAGGUUCUGUGGAGAAUUGAUGGCAAAAAAACAAAUACUUUAGGAUCUAAUACUCGACUGUACAAGUGGAUACCCAGAAAUCCAUUUCUAGGUCACCCAAAAGCCAGAACUUUUAUAACUCAUGGUGGAAGCAAAGGCAUCUAUGAGGCAAUCUACCAUGGGAUCCCUAUGGUGGGGCUUCCUUUGUUUUUGGAACAGCCUGAUAACAUUGCUCACGUGCAGGUCAAGGGAGCAGCUGUUAGAUUGGAUUUUGACACAAUGUCGAGUACAGAUUUGGUGAAUGCACUGAAGACAGUAAUUAAUGAUCCUUUGUAA